AUGAUACAGAGCGAGGGUCCGAUGUUUGGCGUGCCGCUCAAUGAGCUGUUCAAACGCAACUCCACGUACAAUGAUGUGCCGUGUCUGGUCAACCACGUCACGGCAAACAUCAGAGCCAAUGGCGGAUUGGCACUGGAGGGCAUCUUCCGUGUGCCCGGCUCCAACCCCGAUAUCAUACAACUCAAAAAGAUGUACAACGAAGGAAAGAUCACAUCGCGCAACGAGCUCAGCGAUCUCUUCUCCGAUCUCCACACACAGGCUUCACUAUUGAAGCUAUUCAUUCGUGAGCUGCCCGACUCAUUGCUGACCUUCUCACUCUAUGAAUCGUUUGUUCAAUCACACAAAAGCAAAGAUAGACUGGGCAGAGUAAGCUCGAUCAGGGUAUUGCUGAAUCAACUGCCAUUGGCACAUUACUCUUUGUUGAAGCAUUUGACAUGCCUGCUGCGAGACAUUGCCAAUCAAUCGAUGAUAAACAAGAUGACGGCAUCAAACCUGGCCAUUGUGUUUGGUCCAACCGUCAUGCGUCCACAACACGAAGACACUGUCAAGAUGAUCGAAGAUGCCAAGCACGUCAAUGGAGUGUUCUUCCUCAUACUCGAGGAGUUUGACUACUUGUUCCAUAAUGCCGAGUUCCCUUCAUUCAUUAUGAGCGCGACUUUAAAUACACAGAUAUCACCAAGCUUGGUGGCCAAGCUUGCGGGCAAGGAGUCAUCGCCCCACUCCAAGAGGAAUGCGAUGAAGUUCACAAGUGGCAGCGCUCCAUUCAGUCUGGAGACUGAGUCCAAUCAGAUGGUUACAAAUGGCGGUCAGCAUCAGCAUCAACAUGUACUCUCCCCUCCAACUGCCACCGGUGGGGCACCCUACGAUGAUUUCUUGUCAGCGAUGGCCCUCCGCUCUCCACCAACUUUGCCAUCCCAUUCAUCACAACCUGGUGUCGUUGGUGGCCAGGACACACUAUCGUCUCCACCACUUAUGCCAACACUACUACCGACAACACCAACUCAAACAACACAUAGUGCUAGUAUCUCACCGCCUCGCUCACCAAGAUACACCAGGUUCCGACAACAGUUGGGCAUCAACAACAUUGGAGUCAAUGGUGGCAACAACAAUGGCAAUGGCGGAGGCGACAACAGUUCCCACAGUUCGCACAGCUCGCACUCACACAGCAGCGGCGGCGGAGGCAGUGGCUCGCGAUUCUCCAUUCUUGUACCACAACUGAACAACAACAUGGCCUCUUCGCCAAGAUCAAGCAGCUACAUAUCACCCAGCCUGCUACCACUGCCGCCUUCUUCGCCCAGGAACUCAAUCAGUCUGGACGACAAUGCAGAGCUGAUGCGAUUGCUCAUCAACAAGACAUGCUCGGUGCUGUUUGACCGCGAGAUGCCAAUCACAGACUCGUUCGAGAUUGCCAGAGGCGAGGAGUUCUUUUUGGCCACGCCACAAGGCAGCUCCUCCUCUUCAAACCCUCCGGCAUCGCCACGCAACACAGCGCCAUCAUCGCCACGCUAUCAUGCCAGAGGAGGAGGCAACGACUCUUCAUCGUCCUCACCACAGCUGCGUUCAUUGCUAAAGUCACAGCUGUUGAACAACCUCACAACAACAUUCAUACUACAACAAGACUCACCUCUAGGUGGUGGCGACCAACAGCAACAACAACAUCUCCUGCCUACACCAAUAAUGAAGCAGCCACAACAACAACAACAACCAACAUCACCAAGCGCAAAGACAACAACAACAUCAACAUCACAAUCAAUGUUAUCACCAAGGAGUGGAUCAAGUUCAGGAAACACAUCACCGAUGAGCUCAUCAAAGAAGGUGGUGCUGAUGAAUCAGAUUGAACAAGGUCCCCUGGAGCUGGCCUGGUCACACUUGUUACAGAUACGCAGGGAUGCCGGACGUCCAUCCGACCUGCAGUUGAUGAGCGCUCUGGAGCUCUGCGAUGAGAAGUCGUCGAUCAAGAAGGAGUUGCGAGAGUUUGAUCUAGGCUUCAAGCGACAGAAUGGUCAUCUGCCCAAGAAGAAUGACAAGGAGAUAAUGCGACCACUGUAUCAACGAUAUCGCGAGGUGAAGGCUAUGAUCGAUCAGUUGCCAACAUCACCAAAGUCAGCGCAUCAUCAUCUAUCAAAGUCCACCAGCAACAAUGAUCCAAACAACAGCACAUCACCAUCUCCUUCACCAACAACAACUACAACAACGAACAACAAUAGCAACAACAAUAAGAUUGAUCAAUCAUCACCAAUGUCAUUAUCAACCAGUGGCAACAAUAGUGCAGCGGCGGCGGCAGCAGCGGCAGCCAACGAGAGGGAGAUAGAGGAGUCACUGCGGCAAUUAUCACCCAAUGUACUACAAGAGCGACAGUCCAGACUGAAACAUGAGAAGCGCACACUUCAGAUGGACCUCCACCGAUAUCAGACAGACUUUACCAAGAAGCAUGGUCGACGUGUACAAUUCCUGGACGAUCGACUUCCUGUCCAAAAGGAAUACGAGCGCUACAAGCAUCUAAAGAUCGAACUAACCAUCAUUGAUAAGUUAUUGCUCACUAAUAAUAUUAUGAGUGAGUGA